CACUAAUCUGGCGAUCCACAGAUUCGAUAUAAAUAGGCGAUUCUUAUCUGUGUGAUCUGCGUUGGACUUUACCUAAUCUCAUCGGAGUUUUCGAGUUUUCUUUCUCUGCAAGUCGAAUUUUUUUGAUCAAAAUGGGUCGUAAGUUUUUCGUUGGUGGUAACUGGAAAUGCAAUGGAACUGCCGAGGAUGUGAAGAAGAUUGUGGCUACACUUAAUGCUGGUCAAAUUCCAUCCACCGAUGUUGUUGAGGUGGUGGUGAGCCCUCCUUUUGUGUUUCUUACCUCUGUUAAAAGUGAAUUGAGGCCUGAAAUCCAAGUUGCAGCUCAAAAUUGUUGGGUUAAGAAGGGUGGUGCAUUCACCGGUGAGGUUAGUGCUGAGAUGCUUGCCAAUUUGGGCAUCCCUUGGGUCAUCCUAGGUCACUCUGAAAGGAGAGCCCUAUUGAAUGAAACUAAUGAGUUUGUUGGAGACAAGGUUGCAUACGCACUAUCUCAAGGUUUGAAGGUUAUUGCUUGUGUUGGGGAGACUCUUGAGCAACGAGAAGCUGGAACCACCAUGGAAGUUGUUGCUGCACAAACCAAGGCAAUUGCUGAUAAAAUCUCAAGUUGGGACAAUGUUGUUUUGGCUUAUGAGCCAGUUUGGGCUAUUGGAACCGGAAAGGUUGCAUCUCCAGCUCAGGCUCAAGAAGUACAUGCAGGAUUGAGGAAAUGGUUUAGUGACAAUGUCAGUGCUGAAGUGUCUGCUUCAACCAGGAUUAUCUAUGGAGGAUCUGUUAGUGGUUCCAAUUGCAAGGAAUUGGGAGGACAAACAGACGUUGAUGGUUUCUUGGUUGGUGGAGCUUCCCUCAAGCCGGAGUUCAUUGACAUCAUCAAGGCUGCUGAAGUGAAGAAGAGUGCAUAAGUUUUUUUGUACAAUUCGCCAAGGUUUUUUUUAGUAAUUGUAUUUUGUUGUUUGAAAUAAGCAUAUGACAAAUGUUUGGUGAGCACUAGAUGCUACAAGUGACACCAUGUGGUUUUUUGGUCAAUAACUCAGCACUACGUUGUUCCUUUUUGUGAAAAGCUAUGAGAUGGGUGAUAUAAGAACCACCAGAAGUUGAUAAUUUUAUAGUCUGUGUAGACAUUUCAGAACCAUUUUUUUUGGGUAUUUUUCUUUUUGCUUAUUCUUAUGUUGGCAUAUAUGAAUGCAUCCUUUUUUGUGUG